CCAGCAACAAGCGUGCAGCAGAAACUGAGUGGGGAUAAAAACGCACAAGGGGGGAGACUGUGGCGAUACGCACAGUCGCAUUGCCCGACGGAAACAAAGAUAAACAAAUAGAUGGGAGUGGAAAAUCUGUGUUUCUUACAAACAUACAACAUGGAAAAAUGAUGGCUGUUUGAUUUCAAAGAAAGGGUCUCUCAUAAAGCCCGUCCAGAACCCGUGCCCAUCCUUUUUUAGCUACUGCCUUUGCGUGGCGCGCUGUGCGGAUGGAGCGGUGAACCUCCUCUCUGGUUAUGUCGAUUUUUUUUUCAUUCUCCGCUUCUAACCAUCAUCCACCCCCUCCUUUCUCUCCCCUCCGCUUCCCUUUCAGGAUGCAAAGAAACCCAAACCGGGAGGUGGAAACCGAAGGGGGGAAAACACCACCAUAAAGGACUGAUGCUCUUUAUUUUUGUCUGUACUUUUCCUGCCCACGUUCUAGUCCAGCCCUUGCAAUUAUUUUAUAUCUUACAUGGCGCGCGGUCCGUGUAUAUGGUUCUGCGUCGGUUCUGCGUCCGCUUGUGAUAUAACCGUUGAGGAUAAUUUGGAUACCGGAGCAACAACACUAGUCUCGUCGAUCUGCCAGAAAGGCUCCCACAGCACCGUCGGCGCCCCCGCCACAUGCUCUCCCUCUACCCGGCUCUAUGACGAGUAAUGGUCGUCUUGGAUGGCUGGAUGCGCCCCUCUUUCUACGGAUCUGCGUCGGUACCUCGCCCGCUUCUAACAGAGCUACAUUCUCGGUGGAAACCUUCCGCAUUCUAGAUCCUACAUAUGGAAACUGGGGACCAGAAUUUUAGGAAAAAGGAUACCUAGUGGUGCUGAUAUUGUUUUUUGUUUAAUAUUUUAUUCCUCGACGAGGCUACGAUCUUUUUGGGGCUGGAUUUUGAGUUUGACUUGAUUAUUUAAAAUUUAUUUGGAUUCGGUGUUUGGAUUGGAUUCGUCUCUCUCUCGUCCCCCCAUGUUUUUAUUUAUUUUGAAGGCAAGCAAUCAUGUCUACUCCUUCUGAGUAUAUCGUUACGAAUCCCUGGUUGGUUUUUGGCACCAUUUGAAGUCGUUCAUUUGAAUUCAUUGUCUGAUUUCCUCUGUGUUUCUCUCUCCCCUCACGUCCCCAAACCCGUGUUCGUCUCUCUCUCUCUCUUUCUCCCUGUGUUCGCUGUUUGCCGAAUAGAACUGGCCAAAUAUAAAGGCAAGACAGGCAGGCAGGAUGCAUGACAGGACUUAACUAGAUCAGACUGGUUAAAAUAACGGUAUCAGAAUACUGCCAGAAGGCUAAUUAUAGGUAGUCCUGUUCUAAUUGGUCGGAGACCUUUUAGAUUGUGGAUCAGACGGUUUUGAAGAAAUCAUUGGUGUCUACCAUUAGACCUAACCCGGAUCCUUUCCUUCUCAAUCUAAGCACAUUGUGUGUGAUAGAGUGCUUGUGUGUGUGUGUGUGUGUGUGUGUGCGUGCGUGCCUGUGUGCAUGCGUGUGUAUGUUUGUGUGUGUGUACGCGCGUGCACGUGUGUGAAUGUGUGUUUGUGGCAGAGCGUGAACGUGUGAGUGUAUGUGCGGUUCUGGACCUUUCGCCACACUUGCCACCACAAACCCAGAAGUUUCGGGUCAUUUUACAUUCCCAGUGAUAGGACAAAGAUUGUCCGUUCCUGAUAACUUGACCUUAUCUUACCAACAUCGUCGGAUUUGCUGAUUGAUUCUAUGUCAUCAAUGCAGGCUCCUGCCGUUUGUAUCCUGCAUCUCUGCCAGGUUCUACACAGUAGAAAAAGCUCCAGCAAUCUCUUCUUUUAUGUCUUCUACUCAUAUUAGGAUCAUGUGAGGUUUAUGUGGCAAUUAUUUUAGGAAAGUAGUUCAUGCCACUUGUAGACUAGCUGAGGCAGCUAGGCCGUCAGUUGUUACCUACUCUGGCUAGGGCCAAUUUGGCCGGGUCCAAACCAGACAUCCUAGCCCCUGCUGUUCACACAGCCUUCCCUCAUUUGCGCGGUGAGUCUUAGUGGCCUAACAGGUUCAGUCCUUAGGUCGUUCAUAGGGAGCCCAAACAAAAAAAAACACACCCCCCCCCCUGUCGUCUCCUGAUUUCUCACCCGUGUCGGUACCCCUACCCAAAAACCAACCAUACGAUUUCCCCCGAGCUCCCCUGCCUCCCCCCCCGACACCCCCCCACCUCGGGCCCGUGGAAACCCCCACCAUCAGGGCCCUCAUCCCACCUCCACCUCCUCUGCCGCGUGGUCCCGAAAGCUGACCAACAUUUACUUCCUGUUCGUAAAGAGGAAAGGGGGCUCCCCUUUCAUGGAAUGCGGCAGCAUGGGCGUGUUUGACCGCGGAGUUCAGAUGCUGCUGACCACGGUCGGAGCGUUCGCCGCCUUCAGCCUCAUGACCAUCGCCGUGGGCACGGACUACUGGCUGUACUCCCGAGGGACCUGCAAAUCCAAGAGCAACAACGAGAAUGAGACCGUCAAGAAGAACGAGGAGGUGAUGACGCAUUCCGGCCUGUGGAGGACCUGCUGCCUGGAAGGUUCCUACAAAGGGAUGUGUAAACAGAUAGACCAUUUUCCAGAAGACACGGACUUCCAAGCAGAUGGCGCUGAGUUCUUUUUACGUGCGGUGCGGGCCUCCAGUAUCUUCCCUAUCAUGAGUGUGAUCUUGCUCUUCAUGGGAGGCCUUUGUAUAGCCGCCAGCGAGUUCUACAAGUCACGCCACAACAUCAUCCUCAGCGCCGGCAUCCUGUUCGUCUCCGCAGGCCUCAGCAACAUCAUUGGCAUCAUCGUCUACAUAUCAGCCAACGCCGGCGACCCGUCCAAGUCCGACUCCAAGAAGAACAGCUACUCCUACGGCUGGUCCUUCUACUUCGGCGCCCUCUCCUUCAUCAUGGCCGAGAUGGUCGGCGUGCUCGCCGUGCACCUGUUCAUCGACCGCCACCGGCAGCUCCGCGUCGGGGCGGCGGUCGGGGCCGCCGACUACCUCCAGGGCGCCGCCAUCACGCGCAUCCCGUCCUACCGCUACCGGUACCGCCGCCGCUCGCGCUCCAGCUCCCGUUCCACGGGGGACGCGUCCCGGGACACGUCCCCCGUGGGGCUGAAGGCGUUCGGGGCGCUGCCGUCCACGGAGCUGUCCAUGUAUACGUUGCCGCGGGACACGCUGAAAAACCAGACGGGCACGCCGACGGCAGCCUAUAACUCCACCACGCUGGAACGGGACCACAACUUCCUCCAGGUCCACAACUGUAUUCAGAAAGACCUGAAGGACACGGGCAACGCGGCCAACCGCCGAACCACACCUGUAUGAGAGGGAGGGAGGGAGAGAGGGAGAGUGAGAGAGAGGGAGGUGGAGGAGAGAGGGAGGUGGGGAGACAGGACUCUGCAAUGGAGGGAUGGGGGAGGAACAGAGAAGGAUGGAUGGGGCGUAGCAAAACAAAACGGAGGAGCUCUGCAUACAUGCUGGAUCGAUCUGCUACGUCAGUGAUGAUGAUGAUGAGGAUGAUGAUGAUGAUGAUGAUGAUGAUCAUAUGAGUUUCCGUGUUGAAAAAAAAGCGCAAAAAAAAAAAAAGUCUUACAAAAGAAGAAAAACAAUGAAGAUGCAUGAUUUUCCCAUCUAGCGUUGUUUAAGGAGUUUGAAACAUGUUUGUAACGUUAAGGGGCCAGAUCGGGGCCGUGGAGGAACAAGGAACAAGGAGGAGGUGGGGGGGUACCCAGAGAAGGGGCUUAGGCAGUUUGGGAACCACUAGGCCAGGAGAGCAGGUUUAACAUGAGUUUUUAUGACUCUCUUUCUUGGUCUAAAGUGACUUCUCAAGGUGGCUUCUCAAGGUGCCCUCUUCCUCCCUCCCUACUUCACGCCACUCCCCCAACCCCAAAUACCCCUCCCUACCCCCCUCCCUUUGCUCCUUCGUGACCCCCUGUCCCCCGUACCCCGCUCCCUCCCUGUAAUUCAUCCUUUAAGUGGUGUAUCUAUUUCAUUUCAUUCUUUUAAACACUACUACUGUGAACCGUUGCGGUUGAGCAAGGAGGAAAACCCGGCCGCAAAAAAAAAAGAAGAAAUGGUCUAAGUUAAUAUACAGUACGUAUUAAUUAUAUAUGAAUAUAUGAAAUCAUGGAGACUUAGCUGGUGCAAAAGAAUAUACAACAAAAAUGACAAACAAGGUGAAACUAAAUCAAGUCGUCAUGGAAACCGUGGCAGAGGAAGAAGAGCGAGUUGAUUUGUUGGGACGACAGCAGCAACAGGAAGUGACAUAAACAGAGCUUACAGGGAACUGUGGCAUCAAGCUGACACACAGUCCGUUUAGUUAGUAAUAUUUAGACACAUUCUGUUGUUUUUAAGAGAUUCCUUCUGUAACCUUUCUGCUGACUCGGCCCCCUAGUCAGUGGCCAUUUUUGUUUGGGGCCAAAGGUUAAUAUUGGUUGAUGGCUUAGAGGUCAAUUGGUGACAUAACAGAGGCAGAGUCCAGGGAGGAGUCACAAGACAAACCACAUCAAUUAUGGAUACCGGAACAGUAUCUGAUGGGUUGACAUCGGGCUACUUCCUCAAAGACAAAAGGACACUUUGAGAUGGACACUUUGCCAUGAAGAAACAGUGGGAGACAGUAGGAGGUGAUGGUUAACUAGACAAAACUGAAACUAAGUGAUUCACAAUUUAAGAACUGUACAUGCAUGCUAAUCAAAUCAUCCAAAUUCUGCUUUUGAGAAAUCAACCUAAGUUCUGAACAAUGAUUAUUGCGGCAGCGCAAGGCAGGAAGUGACGACAUUACUGUGAUGUGUGCAUUUCUCUUUUUUCCACGACGGGGGAGGGGCGGGGCUUCAUUUUAAAAAUGCUUUCAGGGGGGCGAAACAAAUCAAAGGAACAAAAACUUUGACGAACGUAAAGCCAUUUUUUUAAGAAGAAAAUAACCUCUGAUUUUUUUUUUCUGGGGGGUGUACAUGUCUGUCAUUUUCAUUUUGAAAUCUCACACAGCCUUAUUUGUCUUUUUUUUCCUUUUUCUUUUUUUUUUUUCCAGAUUUGCGUUGUGUCGUUUCAAUGAAAUAAAAAAUGCUUAACGUCUUUUCAAGGUGCCAAAAUUAAUCGAAUGGUCCUGAUCUUGGAUGCAUCAAGUCCCAACGAUGAAUAAAAUUGGAACCCCUUAGGGAACUAACUAACCGCU